GUUGUCGGCGGUCUUCUCGUUUGCAAUUACGUUUAUUUAACCACCAAACAUUAUUUUUGUUGCAAGAAAUCAAUUCCUAAACGAAAACACCAUAAACCCUAGUUUGGCUGAGGCAGACGGAACUGUUUCUCCGACCUCCAAAGAGUUACAGAAAUGGUCACGGCGUUGAUAGGAGGAGUUGCUGUGGCUGCUGCUGCUUAUGCUGGCAGAUAUGGCAUUCAGGCUUGGCAAGCGUUUAAAGCAAGACCACCUACUGCUAGACUGCGGAAAUUCUACGAGGGUGGUUUUCAGUCUACCAUGACCAAAAGGGAAGCCGCUCUCAUACUUGGAGUGAGGGAGACUACUCCUACAGACAAGGUCCGGGAAGCUCAUCGGAGGGUGAUGGUUGCUAACCAUCCAGAUGCAGGGGGUAGCCACUACCUUGCAUCCAAAAUUAACGAAGCUAAAGAAAUGAUGCUUGGAAGAACCAAGGGUACCGGCUCUGCUUUUUGAUUGUAUUGACUUGUCUCCAUUCUUGGCGAAGGUUUCGCAUAGUGAGUUUUAGGAGGGUCAUCCCUGUUUUGGAUCAAAAAAUUUCGGUGUAUAUGAACGAGGCAGUUUCUAUAGCAGGGAAAUGACACUU